AUGGGGAAGAAAAAUAAAGAUACUUUGGGACGAGCCCUGAUCAAGGAUAGAUUUUCUAAGAAUCGGCACCGAAAAUUUGUGGAAGGAAAUUCUAUGUUACAUACAAAUGAACUCAAUGAUGGCCAAGACUUGGGCCGCCUGAACUUACAAUCAAUCACUGCUGAAUCAUCGCUGGAGGAGUUCCUCUCGAUUGCAGAACUAGCACAAAAAGAAAUUGCAUCUCAAAAAGCUCAGAACUGUUAUUUGGGACAUUUUGCUUAUGAACCUUAUCGUGAUGAUACAACUCAGCCAAACUUAGAGCAACCAUUGACAGUGCCUAGAAGACCCAAAUGGCAUCUAGGCAUAACUGCAAAAGAGCAACUAACUCGUGAAAGGGAAUCAUUCCUAUUCUAUUCCUAUAUUCAUUUUGUCAACUUAAUAAGUUGCAAAAUGAAUUUGGUGCUGCGGAAUCCUUUAUUGUUUAGAUGUGCAGAUUUAGAACAGUAUGCUGAAGAAGAGAAAUGCAAGUGUAUACUUCUGUUAAACAAGGCAGAUUUAAUAAAUGAAUAUGAAAGAAAAUGUUGGGCAGAGUACUUUACCAAAGAGAAUGUUUUAAUAAUAUUCUUUUCGGCUGCCAAAAAUACUAAUGAACGAAAAAUAUCAGAAUCUAGCACUGAAGCUGCCCCCAACAGUCAUAAUGAUUCUGAAACUGAGUCCGCUUAUUCUGAAGAUGAAUCUGAUAAUGAGAAAGAAAACUUAACAGCUACAGAAGAAGAUAUAGAAAUUUUUAAAAAACAAGUGGCAGAAAUUGACAUAGCUGUUCGUAAUACGUCAGAUAAAAUAGACAUGAUUCAAGAAAAUCUAGAUAAAGUUGUUGAAUGUUUAAGACUUGGUAAGCCUAUUGACGAUUACAAAUCUUCUGAAAGCACAAAUAAUGAGAAUGUUGAAGAAAAAAAAGAAAUUGUAAUAAAAGUACAAAAUUCCCAUGAAAUAUUUGACAGAGAGCAAUUAUUGGAGGUUCUGAAAAAUGUGUCUGUUGAUAAGUUAAAGAAUCCACCGAGACUAACUGUGGGCAUGAUUGGGUACCCAAAUGUUGGCAAGUCUAGUACUGUCAAUGUUAUAAUGCAGACAAAGAAGGUGAGCGUAAGCUCGAUGCCGGGUCACACGCGACACAUCCAAUCGUUAAUGUUGGAUGACGAUAUAGAAAUGUUGGAUUGCCCCGGCCUAGUAUUGCCAGCUUACGCUGUAGCCCCCGACCUAUUGUUAACAGCUGUAUUGCCAAUCGAUCAAAUGCGUUCCCAUGAUGCAGCCAUGGCGCGACUGUGUCAGCUAAUUAGCAAGCAAACGUUUAUGGAAAAAUAUGGACUACUAUUGCCCGACGAUGGGUCGAAAGAACCGGACCACAAACAGAUCCUCACUGCACAUGCUUUCAACCGCGGGUUCAUGACGGCGGCGGGCCAGCCGGACCAGUCGCGGUCGGCGCGUCUGUUGCUGAAGGAGGCGGCGAGCGGCCGCCUGCGCUGGGCUCAGUUGCCGCUCGGCGCCGAGCCUCAGCCGCUCGACAUCGCCAUCGCCGACAAGAGGAACGAGCGGCGGAAGCCUACGCCGAGGGAAGUCAGGGCUGUGGAGGGUUGGCGGAACAAAUCAUUAGAAAUCGACAGCGCCUUUUUCACCUUGAGCAAGAGUACAGCACACGUAAAAGAAAACCCAGUUUUGGGGAUCGUUGGAGCUCAACCAGCUGGCAAUGCUACUGGCGCUAAACCUUGGAAGCAAGAAAAGAAACACAAAAACAAAAAUAAACGAGAAAAACUAAGAAGAGUAUACGCAUCUCUUGACGAACACUAA